CUUCGCUAAACAAUUAUUAUCUAUCUAUCUAAAUAAAAAUUUCAGAUUAAAGAGUUUUGUAAAGUAACCAAAUAAAUUAAAAAUGAGUACCUCCCGAAUUCCAGUAUCUUUAGAAAUAGAUGUAAGCAAAGCGUAGAACAUGAAAUUUAAAUCGUUAGAUUUUCAAUCUGCCAGAAAUCCGAUUGAUAAUAAUUAGAGUUAAAUGCCUACUUUACAGCAAUCAGCAAUCCGUUCUAUAAAUAAAUACUAUUAAUCAAAUAAUGUUAAAGACAUAUUGGGGUACGAAGAAAGCCUUCUAUCUAAAUAAUUAAAAAACUCAGAGAAAAUUGAUUAUUAAGCUGAGGUUAGUAACAAUAUGAUGUCUCUGAAAUAAUCUUAUGAUACAUUGCGCAAUAAAUAUACAAAAUUAGAAAAAGAAAUAAUUAAAAUGAGAAACGAGCUUGAAAUUAUGAAGUAAACUGAAACAACUCUCUCUAUUGGAGUUUAUGGAAGUGAGGAGGUACAUGAAUAAAUGCAAUUAGAGUAUGAAAAGUUUUAAUAGCAGUUAUUGGAGGUUGAAUCAAAUAGAAAGACUUAUCUUCAUAUGAUUAAUAGAAUGAGACAAGACAACUAAGUCUUCAAGCUAUAAGUAAAUCAAAGAAAGGAUACAUUAGAUUAGAGUAAUACAGUGCUCAAUUAAGCAAAUGUUAAACUAUCUUAAAUUUCCUUCAAAGAAGUUAAAGCUUAGAUUGCUUUAGAAGAAGUUAAGAAGCAUAAAUAAUUAAUUCAAUAAGAAAGAGAAUUGAAUCUAACUAAGUUUUAGCAAGAAAUAGAGCAAUAAGUAGAUUUGGAAAAACAAAGAGAUGAGAGAAUUAAGAGAUAGUAAGAAAUUGCAGAAAUAGCACAAACAGAUAUGCGUGAUACAAAUAUAAAAAAAUGGAGAUAGCUUUUUCUUGUAAACUAGUUUUUAAGCACUUUUCUCAAAAGAAAGAUGGAAAAAGAAAUGAGUACAUAUGAGAAUAUUGAAAAAUCUUUUUAAAAAAUUAAAGCAGCAACCGGUAUUUGUGAAGCAGGUGAAAUUGUACAUAAAUUUUUGAAUAGGGAAAGCACUUACAGUCGAUUAUUAAUAUCGAUAGAAGAAUAUGAAUAAAAGAUAGACAAUUUAAAAAAAAGUAAUGAAUAGCUAAAGGAGAAACUAUAAAAUCUAAAAGCAGAAUAACCUUAAGAUAGAUUAGAAAAUAAGCAAACAUUGUUGGAGAUAGAUGAGCUUAUUACAAAGUAUUAGAACACUUCAAAUAAAGCUGAAAAUGCUAGACUAAUAGAAUAAAAAAUAUAUAAUUGGGGAAUAAAUUAUCUAGCUAAAAUUGAAAGAGUUCUUGGAAUAUCAAAUGAAAAAAUAAGAUUCUAUUAAUAAAAGUAUAAAAAGUCUGAUAUACCAAAGUUAAUAAGUGAAAUACUCAAACACAUGUUGGAGAACCUAACCUAAGUAGAUAGCGAAUAAGUUGAGCGAAUGAUUACAAAUUAAUACAGAAAUGUAGAAAAUUUAGAUCAUGAUAAUGAUUUCAAAAAGCGAAAUAAUAGAAUCAAAGAAUAUAUUACUCAAUAAAGCAAUAAAGGAACUCAUGAGCGACUCUCUAGGAUAGAAUUGACUGAACAAGAUACAAGUAGCUUUGAUGAAUAAACUCAACAGCUCACCUAUGAUGCUAAAGAUACUCUGACGACUAAAUGAAUAUUUAUUUACAACCUAAUUAUAAUAAUAAAUAGAGAACUGCUCUAAUUUGAAAUUAUAACAAAUAAAUAUCUGCUUAAUUUUUAGUUUAAACGAGAAUUAUAUAUAUACAUAUGAAUAUUAAACUAAAAUUAUUUAGACAUAAAGACAGCAGCUAUCUCUAAGACAUAAAUAUAUUUGUUACAAAUUGUUAAUAAAAUUAACUACUCUUCUAUAUUUAAAUAUUGAUGUUUUGUGUAUUUUAUUGAUUGAAAUGCAUUUGAUGCUUAAAUUCUCUUUAUAAAAUAUCAAAUUUACGUUAUUUAACUUG